GGACGUUGGGGUCGGCUGCUGCUGCUUGUAUGGAAUGUUGUGUGCGCGGCCCCUCGGCGUAUAGUGUAGAGGAGUACUUCAUUUGUUUUUCUCCAACCGUGUCCGAGUCAUCUUCCGCCGCGGCGUGUGUCGUCGUCGGUGAAACCGAUCCCGGGCGCGCGGUCUUUCGCGGAAAACCGCGUCGUCGUCGUCCGAUAUUCCGGGAGUCCCUUUUUCGGCCGCGGAAUCAAGUUUUAUCGAGUUAAGCUCAAUUCGGAUUAAGUGUGUGACUAGGCAAUAACAAAAACAAAGAAGAAGAAGAACAAGAGCAGGUUUUCGCCAUGUGCCAGAUUAGGGAGUAGUCUGACCGGUUCGUCGACGCGUAAUCGGAUUAAGAGGGGACCCCUCCCUCUCCCCCUUUUGUCAACGUGCCAUCGGUGAUUGGUCCUCGUGUCAGGAUGUUGGUUCCGCCGGAAAUGAUUGCGGUCCAGUCGAAGACCAUCUUCCAGAUCAAUAAGUACUACGCCGAGAAGGUGCAGAUGCGGAUGGGGAACGUGGCCCGGGUCAUCCGGGAGAUUUGCAAGAUCGUGCAGGAGAUUCUGCGGGAGGUGGAGGUGCAGGAGCCGAGGUUCAUCAGCAGUCUGGUGGAGUGCAAUGGGAGGUUCGAGGGCAUCGAGGUCAUCUCGCCCACGUCCUUCGAGGUGGUGCUUUACCUCAACCAGAUGGGCGUGUUCAACUUCGUGGACGACGGAUCGCUGCCCGGCGCUGCCGUCCUCAAGCUCAGCGAUGGCCGCAAACGGUCGAUGUCCCUGUGGGUCGAGUUCAUCACCGCGUCCGGCUAUCUCUCCGCCCGAAAGAUCCGCUCCCGCUUUCACACACUAGUCGCCCAGGCCGUGGAGAAGUGUCCCUAUCGGGACAUGGUCAAACUGGUUCCGGACACGACCGAGGUCAAGCUGAAGAUCCGCGAGCGGUACAUCGUCCAGAUUACACCGGCGUUCAAGUGUACCGGCAUUUGGCCCCGAUCGGCGGCACACUGGCCAAUUCCGCACAUCCCGUGGCCACAUCCGGCGCUCGUUGCCGAGGUCAAGUCCGAGGGGUUCGACCUGCUGUCCAAGGAGAGCGUCAUUCUGCAGGGCAAGAACGCCAACAUCGAGGGGGACGCCUGGAUUCUGCACUUUACCGAGGCCGAGAAUCGCCUGCUGCAGGGCGGCUACCGGAAGCGUUGCCUGAGCAUCCUGAAGACGCUGUGCGAUCGGCACCUGGACCUGCCGGGAGUCCCGCUGUCGUACUACCACCUGAAGACGCUGCUGCUGUACGAGUGCGAGAAGCACCCGCGGGAGGCGGAGUGGGACGCCAACUGUAUUGGGGAUCGGCUGAACGGGAUCUUUUUGCAGUUGAUUUCGUGUCUGCAGAAUCGGCGCUGUCCGCACUACUUCCUGCCCAGUUUGGAUCUGUUUAAGGGGAAAUCGCCGACGGCACUGGAUAAUGCUUCGAAGCACGUGUGGAAGCUGUGUCGGGACAUUUUGACCAGCAGUAAGGCGUUUGAUAGGUUGUAAGAGUCAUCGAAAUCAUGUCAUAUCUUGUGGGUUUGGAGAGAAAAAGAGCCAUCAUUAUAAGCAAAGAAAAAGUAAUAAUAAUUCAUGUAACGGAUGUAUACGAAAACUUUAAAAAUCUUUAUUUUUUUGUUUGUUAGUAGAUGAAAUUUUUAACUAAUAUUUAAGUGUUAUUGGAACGUUUUUCUUUUUGUUUGUAAGGUGAAAAAAAUUCUAGUGAUAAAUGCAGGUUCAAUAAGUUUAACUUAUGCAUAUACUUCUAAAAGAAAGUAAUAAUGAAAAUACACAUGUAUACACUAAAAUAAACGCAAUAUUGGUUAACAAA